AUGGACCGUGAAUUAAUCAGAAAAAAUUGUCGAUGUGCAAGAAACAUUUUUGAACUUUUCAAACCAAUUGGUAUGGAAGAUGUAUGCAAAUAUUUUAUUGCUGUCAAAAUUACACAACUGAACGCAUUAUCGCAGAUGAAUGAGAGAGAUCUUCGGUCUUUGGGAUUAAAGACUGGCCCACGAAAAAAGAUUAUUGAAGUAAUUAGGAUAUUAAAGGACGAGUUACCAAACAUUAAGCUGAAUCGUAAAGAUUCUGGGAUUGGAAGCAGUUAUGGAAAAGAAGAAAACAUACAGCGGCCUUGUAAUGCGGCUUCAGAGCAAGAUCUUUUCUACAAAAAGGCACAACGCGAGUUGGAGCACUGUCAGAAGGAAUUGGCUGAAUUAAGGCUUCAAGUAGCCCGCGCUCAAAGGGAAGUAAAGCGCAAGAAAGAAAUAUUUGAUACUAUUGGAGAAACUGCUGAAUUAGUUGCCGGUCUACAGGUUCGAUGUCGGCAGAAGCGUGUCAGCAUGGAGGUGCAAUAUCAUGUUAAUGAACUGUUUGGUCUCUUCAGUCUGAUUCAUGACUCCCUAGCGCCCGGAACAGAGGAAACAACUAAUAGUGAAACGGAAUCAAAAGAAACCUAUGCUAAGAAGGAUGUUCGCCAAGAACCUUUGCCGUUGAAAACACAGGAGGAGUUACGAAAUCGAGAAUGCUCACGACAAGACGAAGACAGUAACAAGGAAAGAGUGUUUUAUUCUAACUAUUACACUCCCAGUCCCAAUGCUAGAGGCGAGUUUAUUUUUGAUUUUGGGGGUCGUAAUGCCAGGAUGCUAUCUUCGCUAAUGCUUUUCGAAAAAAAAGUAUAUUUAAAUUUUUUAGUUACCCCUACACGUAGUCGCUGGAAGAAUGAAAGUCAACUCGCAUGUUCUCCGUCACAGAAAUACUCUCAUGUUCGCCAACUGGAUCCCCCGUAUCAUUAUCAUGGUGGAGGUUUCAGAGCAGGAGGAGAAAACUGCAAUGUCGCUGGUCCGUCCCACUUGGCACAAGUAGUCCCCAUGGUAUGUCAAGCAAGACAAAUAAAUGCCUCUCCAGUCCAUGAUACAAGAGCUCGGUUUCCUCACUGCACUGUGUAUUCUCCAACUGGGACCUCAUCGCCAGUGAAAGGAAUUGGUAUGAGAUUUAGGACUCCAAACAUGGUAUAUCCCAGUCACCCUUGUUCGCCAGUUAAUGGCCAUUUUGCCACUGAUGAAGUAAACAGGACAUUUGCUGGUUUUAGCCCCUACCAUUGUGCCCAACAAACAGAGUUUUGCUAUUACACACCGAUGGGCCCUUGUGGUCAAUUUACCAACAAUAGUGGAAUACCCUUUCCUAGACUGCCUUAUCCCGAUCGUAUUGCAUGUAGACCGUAUCAGCACUAA